AGGCAUCUAUCCGGGAUCGCUGCCAGGUUAUGCGGCGCCUUUGCCACUGCCACCCCCGAUCUAUGGCUACCCGCCUAUGCCGUAUGGAUUCCCACCUGCCCCAAUGUAUACGCCACAGACUCCCCGUCAUCAUGAUCGACCUCAUCGGCACCGCGCGGGAUCUGUAGAUUCUUCGCCAUCCCAAUCAACCUCUCGUUCACGACGUCGCCGUGCAAGCCUCGACAUAUCUGAUGAUGAGCCAGUUCAGGUCGACUAUCCUACGAUGUACGAGUGGCUUCUCGGCCUCGACAAUGAUCCGUAUCGAGGACGGGAUCAGCUCCAAUUCGUAGGAUGGGCACAGGCUUUGUGGGAACAGCGAAUUGCACGUCUGGAUGACUUUCAUUUGCUUACUGAAGAGCAGCUCCAGCAGUAUUUCGAAAUGCCUCUGGGCAUUGCAUUGCAGUUGAAGAAGUGGGCCCGUGAGGAUGUUGCAGAACUCCAGCGCCGUGCAAGGAGAGCUACGAAGAGGUUGCGCUUCUGAUCUUGAUGUCUCGUUGUCACCCUAAUUAGUCUAUCAUAGCAGAUGUAUAUAGUUGACCUGCUUAUUGAGUAGAGUAGAGCAUCUUUAAUAUACAGAUA